GUAGACUUCACUCUCAACGGAAAGAAAAUCACUUUAUUUAGCGGUUCUUUGCAUUACUUCCGAUUACCCAAAGACUACUGGAAGGACAGGCUCUUGAAGUAUAGGGCCGCCGGACUCAACACCAUCCAAACCUACUCACCCUGGAACCUUCACGAGCCAAUCCCGGGUCAGUUUGACUUCGAAACCGGUUUCUUAAAUUUGGUUGACUUUUUAAAAGCCUGCAAAGAGGCGGAUAUGUUUGUGGUGUACCGUCCGGGCCCUUACAUAUGCGCUGAAUGGGAAUUGGGUGGAUACCCGGCUUGGUUUCUAAGGGACCCUAACAUGAGGUUUAGGUCUAACUAUAAACCAUAUCUGGAUGCUGUGGGCAAAUACUAUUCAAAAGUGUUAUCCCUUAUCGAUGACUACCAGUUUCAGAAAGGAGGGCCUGUUAUAGCCUUUCAGUUUGAGAACGAGUUCGGAGGCAUUCAUAGUAAUGAUGAUAAGGAGUACUUCGAGUUCAUGAAGAAUGUCAUCGAUUCCCACGGAUUCAAAGAAUUGCUUAUUAAUUGUGAUCCCGGAUCCAAUGCAGUGGAGGCUAUGAAACAUAUCCAACCAGGUGUCUUAGAGACCGAUAACUUUAACUCGGAUUCAUUGAAAUACUUGACUGCCUUACGCCAGGUUCAGCCUAAUAAACCCCUACACGUCACUGAAUUCUGGCCAGGUAGGUUUGACUACUGGGGCGAUACGGCUCACCAUACCAUGGAUGUCAAGUAUUUCGAGAAAGAGAUUUCGGACAUUAUAUUCAAAGCCAACUCUUCAGUCAAUUUCUACAUGUUUUUCGGUGGCACUAACUUUGGGUUUAUGAACGGGGAAAAAGUGGCCACAAGUUAUGAUUAUGAUGCACCCUUAUCUGAGACAGGCAAUUAUUCGGCAAAGUACUGGAAAACUAAGGAAUUGAUCGAUAAGUUUAAUAAAGAGAGAUCUCAACCGGAUAUAUAUAUACCUAAACCCCCGGCAUAUGUACCUCCAGUUUCUUACGGCAAACUCAAAGUAAAAGAUUACUUGAGUUUAGAGGACGUGUUGACACAAAUGAAGCCAAUGGUCACCGAAAAGCCACAACACAUGGAGUUAUUAAACAUAACACAGAAUUCCGGACAAAGUUAUGGUUUUAUUCUCUAUAGACUUAAAAAUCUGAAUAAAUUUAAACAUUUGAAACUCACGGGUGGUGUCUCUGAUCGGGGAGUCAUACUCGUAGACCAUAAUGAGGUCGGUUUAGUUGAAAGUGCGGCGAAAGACUAUAAUCAGGACUUAAAUGACACACAAUUUGCAAACACAACGACUCAUACGUUGGAUAUUAUUGUUGAAAAUACCGGUCGACCCAAUGGCGGGGAUGUUAUGAAUACCGCCCGAAGAGGUCUUAACGGUGACGUCGCUAUCGAUGCAAAAGUUGCCACAAAUUUCGAGACAUUUCCCCUUGAAUUCAAAGAACCAUUUGUUGAACAGUUAACUAAAUUAAAGGGAAAGCCGUUCAUUGAGGGCCUCAAAAGUCCAGCCGUUUAUCGGUUAGAAUUGGAUAUUAAGGACAGUCCGAGGGAUACAUUUAUACGACUGGACGGUUGGGUGAAAGGAAAUGCAUUCAUCAAUGGUUUCAAUAUCGGCCGGUAUUACCACAUCGGACCUCAAAAAAAUCUGUACAUCCCUUCACCUCUACUAAAAACUGGGAAAAACGAUAUAUUACUGUUUGAAUUGCAUUCAGCCACCGAUACUGUUGAGUUCCCUGGUGAACCAGACUUAGGACCAAUUUCUGAAUUGAGUUCACUGGUCAUGAUUGCCUUUAUAUCACAAAUCGGUUGCAUUCAGACUCAUAUGUCUAAAGACUUUUGCCGUGCGUUUGAAAACAAUUCCUAUAAAAUCGACAUUAGUUUUGAUCGCAUUUCAACGGAUAAUGGGAUAGACUUUGGGUCUAAUAAUAAAUCAUUAGAAAUAGGAAACGACACCUGGAGUUACGAGAUUAAGGAGACGACCGUUACAUUCAAUACACAGAGUCUAGAAAGCGGUCAAAUCCUUAACAGUAAUCACACCUUGAAAUCCCAAUACAAUGACAUGGAGGCCAAGGAUCUGAAACCGACAGUAUUUUUUCAAACUAGGGCAGGAUACAUAUGUUUUAUGAACCAAAAAGGUGCCGGAGUAUCCUUCAACAGGACCUUCAAGUGCUACCAAUUCAUUGCUAAUAUCACGGAUAAAACUAGAGACGCGGCACUUAAUGGUGAAAUGAAAUCCGGAUAUAAUGAAGAUAUUAAUGUGAUUGAAGUGGUCGGCCAUCAGAAAGCGGUGGGUAUAGUGAGAUCCACGACUGGCUCGGGAUAUGUAUUACUGUAUUACGACAACCAGGAGAUCCGAUUCUGUUAUACAGAAUCUAAUAGUCCAUUUAAAAAUUGUCGAAAUGGUGCUACUUAUUCAUUGAUAAAUUGCGAUCCAGCCACACCUACCCAACCUACCGGCCCGAAAGAUAAUACUGAUUUACUAUUAAUACUACUGGUGACCAUGUUGGUGGCGGUUGUGCUGAUAUUCGUCAUUAUUUUGGUGUAUGUGCUGUGCGAUAGGUAUCACCAAAAGAAAUACCUGACCUAUAGGUCCACCAUCCAGUCGAGCGAACUGUCCAAAGACUCGGAUGAGUCAAAACACAUGUCAUCCAAAUCCAUCACAACUAUGACAACUAAUAAUACGCUUCUCUCAUCCAAACGGACACAUAAGUCGAGCUCAAAUUUUGAAGCUAAUUUCCUGGGCAAACAAUAUGCCACAGGAUUUACCAUCGACUUCAACGCCACAUAUAAACAUAUCUCAGGAUUUUUGACAACAGCAAAUAUCUCCAUAAUCAAGUGGUUUCAUGUUGAGGCCGGUGAUGACAAUAGACAUAUCAGUGACGCCGUACCCAUCGCUGACGAGACAUACAUUGACUUUGAGAGUGAUUUCAAACCC